GGAAUCGUAGGAAUUGCAUCCCUCCAUCGUUGCUCCAAUAUGGCCUCCACGUCUACCACCACUGCCGUUGAAUGGCAGCAGGGUCCCCCGAUUGAGCUUGAGUCCAGGGCUCCCAAAAAUGCCGUCGCACCGGUGUCAGAUCCGACCGAUGAGGUCAUGGAGGCCUCCCGUCUGGCCGACGCCGAAGUCCCUGAAGGAGGAGCAGGGUGGAUAGUUAUCGCAGGUUGUGCAGUGAUUACCUGGUGGUUCAUUGGGACAUCCUACUGCUGGGGUGUGCUACAGGCAGCGCUUGUCAAGGACGGAGUAUCAUCUGCAUCUACCCUGUCAUUUGUGGGCUCAUUAGCACCGGCUUGUAUCUCGUUUCUGGGUAUUCUCAAUGCUCGCGUGAUCCGCAAACUAGGCACCAGAACGUCGGCACUCCUGGGGAUAUUCCUACUUGGAUUGGGAGAAAUCCUUAGUGGAUUCGCAGUCCACGAGGUUGGCGGUCUGUUUGUUACUUCUGGUGUGGUGAUGGGACUCGGAACGAGUAUUUCUUUCAUGGUGGUCUCCAUCACACCGGCCCAAUACUUCAAGGCAAAGCGCGGCAUUGCCAACGGUAUUGUCUACGCAGCGGGUGGUCUCGGCGGUGCAGCCAUCAGUUUCAUCUUGGAUGCCCUGCUGUCUCGCGUCGGCACGGCUUGGACGUUCCGCAUUCUGGGGUUUAUCACGAUGGGCACUGGUCUCCCUGCAGCUUUUCUUGUGAAGCAGCGGAUACCUAUUCCUCCAUCUGCUUUCGUAGAGUGGCGUCUAUUCCGCGACAUCCGAUUCCUGCUGCUCUUUGCAGCCGGGGCCAUCGCGACCUUCCCUCUACUCGUCCCCCCAUUCUUCCUGCCCCUGUACACCGACUCCCUGGGCUUAGGCUCAGCCGCAGGAGCUGGUGUUGUGGCAGCAUUCAACUUUUCCUCCGCGCUAGGAAGAUUGACCUGCGGAUUUGCCAGCGAUACGAUUGGCGGACUCAACACGCUGUUCGUGUCGCUGUUACUCAGCGCACUGAGCAUGUUAAUAAUCUGGCCUGUUUCAACAUCCAUUGGACCAUUGGUUGUUUUCGUGAUCAUUAACGGGAUGGCGAACGGUGGGUUCUUCUCUACUAUUCCUACGGUUGUGGGGAAUGUGUUUGGGUCUGCCAGGGUGUCUGUUGCUAUGGGUAUGAUUGUUACUAGUUGGGCAGGGGGUUAUCUUUUGGGAUCACCUAUUGCAGGUUACAUUCUCGACGCCUCGGGUGGCGAGGAUGCCGGGAUCAAGGCGUACAGACCGGCCAUUCUGUAUGCGGGAUUCAUGGCUUUGGGGGCGUCUAUUCUGGCUGCUUUUAUACGUUUGAAGACAGAUACACGACUGCUUAAGAAGGUGUAGCUUAUUGUCGAAUUAGAACCAGCUGGAAUGCGUUUGUCGAACUGAAUAGUAGUUAUGG